AUGAGCAUCGACGCUGGCGGUGUUGCUCAAAUGACUUACCAGUCUCCCUUCAGUAACUCCAUUGGCAUCUCUGGCCCUGGCUUUGCCUCUCGCGGAAAAGGUUCUCACAUCAAGCGCCUGAGUGUUGCUCCUCCUCCCAAGAUCUCCACUAUCGACGAGACCCAGCAGGCCAACAUCAGUUCAACUCCACGCACCAGUCGUGGCCAUCUUUUGGCAGGCCUCCGCACAGCCCCCAAGUCCGCCACUGUUCCUCCUGCCACCAACGGGUUGGGGUUGGAAAGCAGCAAGUACGCCUCACCGCAAUAUACCAAUCCUACUCCACAGACUGCCACCGGAGCGUACUUUCCAGGAAAUAGAAAUUCCUUCAAAGGCAACUUCCAGCAGGGGUACUCCCGUCCUGAGCAUGUUCUUGCUCCUCCCACCCUCGACUUUGUCGACGGAGCAGAUACGAUGGAUCAAAACCUCUACGACGAAUUGGUGGCGACCAACAAUUACCUGGCUCAACAGCAACGUGCCCUUCAACAACAGCUGUUGAACGUCACCGCCGCCGCUCACCAAUUGGGUGGACUUAAUCUCAACACCGGAACCAUGAACAAUGCUGGCCAACAGUUCCAGUCCCCCAUCAGUUCCCCCUUGAGUUUGUACAACCAACAGUUUCAGCAAGGCUUGCAACCGGUGGUUCAACCGGUCCCUGGAAGCCCCGGUGUCUUCGCUGUGUACAAUCCUAUGACUGGCCAGUCCAGCUUUGUUGUCGACAACUCGGUCCAGGGCCAACAGGAGGAGGUAUCCUCCAGCCCUCGUCCUAAUUCUGUUUCACCUCCACCUGCUACUCCUGGAUACCAACGUCAGUUCCCUGAUUCUUCCUAUCCUCUGACCGAAAGUCGCUCAAAAACCCCUCCAAACCCAACGCCAUCUCCGCAAAACGAGGUAGAACCAUUACCCCCUCCGUCUGCCAAUGCUUUCCGUCGAGGUCACAGGAAGAACUUGUCCUCCGCCAAUAUAAAGACGACCGGUGAAUGGACAAAAGGCUCGGGUCUGAGGUCGGUCGGUUUCCCACAAACCCCACUGACUGGAACAUUUGGACCUGGACAAGGACGAGCUGGAGAGCACCCAGUCAGACAACCCAAGGGUCCUCCACUUCUCCAAGAGCUCGAAGAAAAGCCUACCUCUAAGCACGAAGGCAGCAAGAAUUUUGCAACUCGACAACGUCGCCGAGCUGUUCACGAUUUGGUCCGCGCUGGCCGUGAACGUCGCAGCGAUGGUCGUCAACCCGGCUCUGGAGGGGGAUCACCAGGCAGCGAGAACGAGUUCAACUUUUCGGUCUCGUCUGAUAGUGACUCGGUUCUUGCUGGUAGCAGUAACCUUUCGAGCAAACCGAGCAUGGGCAGUCUUCGAGCUGUGGCGAGUGGAGCUAUCGGGUCCGAAAUCAAAGAAAAGUCCAGGGAACGAUCUUCGGUUGACAGCGUUGGAACCGUCAGUGCGAAGAGCCUGAACGGCGAUGAGGGCAAUUCCGUUGGAGGACCGAUUGUUGAAGUUGAGCCGGCAAGACGCAACACCCCACUUCUGGUUCUCAGUAGUGCUGAGAAACGCAAGAGUGUCGUUGUGUGA